AACGAGUGGUUAGGACUUGUUGGUGGGAAGGAUUUGUUGAUCUAGGGUAUAUAGACUGAAACGAGUGAUCACCGCUUCCUAUUGCGUUUUUUUUUUCUUUGAGCGUGGGAAAAUAAAUUGGGCUGUAUAUCAGUGGCGUUACUUUCCUUAAUCCCUUUACGCACUGGCUACUUCUCCCACGCCGUGAGCUCUAUAGGAAAAUCUACUGGGCCGAAGUGUCUGCUGAUCGCCAGGGGUUUUAAGUUUAUAUAUUUGUAUGCAGCUUGUCACACAAUGCAGACGUCAUCUCCACAGGAUUUAGAUCAGCUUUGGUUAUGUUUUUUCCUCCGUGGCUGCUAUCGCGCCAAGCCGCCUGUGUUUGUGGGAUACGGUGAAGAAAAUAUGUUUUGAGAACGUUAUCCGGCAGAUCGGCAGGUACUUGGAAUAUAACUUUGCAUUAAUGUAGCCUGCUGCAUCAAUUUAUAACUGUUAUACCGUUGCGUAUUUCUUUCCAUCUGCCAAUGUGUGACUGUUGAUCAGUCACCGCAGAGUCGCUGUCGCGGAUUGCCUUUUGCAAACUUGGAGUUCGUUUCGCCCGGGCUGCUGUGCUUUCACACGAGAGGUGAUCUUCUCAGGAGGCGCCUGCAUUUGCUUGAUUGCUGCCGGAAUACCGGCGCACAUGCACAAGCGUCCCCACUGCCACCCAAACAACGACUUCUGAUAGAGUAACCUCGUCUGGCAGAAGGAGGAGAAAACGGAGGGUGAAAGGAGGAAAGAGUGGGUGAACGUGCUGUGAGGACGCUGCAGCCGGUAUUGGACAUUUAUGGAGGCGAUGCUACUGAACGUGUCACAGACAAUGAACAAAAACAUCACUGUGCAGGUAUGAAUAAUGCUCUGAAAUCUCGGUCCGCGUGAGUUUGGCAUAGCUCUUCAAGACUAUGGUUAUUGAUGCAUGUAUGGAAUUACGCAUGAACUGAUCUCAUUUUUCCAUCAUGUCCAAGAAUUUUUCGAGUGAUGAUGACAGCUGUUUUAAUAUCGGAAUUAUCAUGUAGUAUUUGAACAAAAAAGAAAACCAGCUCCUAAAAAUAUAUAUAUAUUUGACAUUUGACACCACGGAACGGACCACUUAGCCGCCACCAUGGGACUGUGACCCGGGCUGCGAGCUCUGAGAGGCGGCUGUUUGUGUAGUCUGUGCUCCGUGUGCAGACUGGACCUGAGCAGUUGUGACAUUUUGAGCCAUGGCUGCUGCUAUCGCAAGUGGGCUGAUCAGACAGAAGAGACAGGCACGGGAGCAGCAUUUAGACCGGCCCUCGACCAACCGACGUAGGAAGAGCCCCAACAAGAACAAGGGGCUAUGCAAUGGGAACCUGGUCGACAUCUUCUCUAAAGUGCGCAUCUUCGGCCUCAGGAAGCGGAGACUACGGAGACAAGAUCCCCAGCUCAAGGGUAUAGUGACCAGGUUAUAUUGCAGGCAGGGAUACUACUUGCAAAUGAACCCCGAUGGCUCUCUUGAUGGGACCAAGGAUGACAGCAGUAAUUCCUCUUUGUUCAACCUUAUUCCUGUGGGCCUCAGAGUUGUCGCCAUUCAGUCCGUGAAGACAGGGUUAUACAUCGCCAUGAAUGGGGAGGGCCAUCUGUACACAUCAGAACUCUUUACAGCGGAGUGCAAGUUCAAAGAGUCAGUGUUUGAGAACUACUAUGUGAUCUACUCAUCCAUGUUGUACAGACAACAGGAGUCGGGGAGAGCUUGGUUCCUAGGGCUCAAUAAAGAGGGCCAAGCCAUGAAGGGGAACCGAGUGAAAAAAACAAAACCAGCUGCUCACUUCCUGCCCAAGCCAUUAGAAGUCGCCAUGUACAGAGAGCCAUCGUUGCAUGAUGUUGGAGAGACAGUGCCCAAGGCGGCAGUACCUCCAAGUAAAAGCACAAGUGAGCCGGCGGUGAUGAACGGAGGUAAACCUGUCAGCAAGCCCGACAAGCCCCCCACCACAUAGCCACACUUGACCAGUGCCCUGUGUGUGUGUGUGUGUGUGUGUGUGUGUGUGUGUGUGUGUGUGUGUGUGUGUGUGUGUGUGUGUGUGUGGAGGGGGUGGGAGACCUGACGGAGGCAGGGCUUUCCCCCGACUAGACUCCAGACCCUCUUCCUCCUGUGGAUCAGAUCCAGGCGAACCUCCCUUCCUUUCUUCUCUUACUCAUCCUCCCUUUCUCCAGCUGUCUCAACAUGGGCGGAUGGAUUAUGAGGCGACUGAGUUUCUCCAGCACAGGAGGGAAGAGGACCUCUGAUCAUGGAAUGCCUUUAGAGUCCUCUGAAACUGUGAGAAAUCAUGUGAAUAACGCGUGUUUCACAACCACGCUCAUGGUACGUUGCUUGCUAAUGGUUCAUUCAAGAAACCUCCCCCCUCUCCAUAAUGCCCUGUUGCAGCAGAGUCUGUGCACCUUCAGAUCUAUUUUCUAUACCACAGUUCACCAGCUAUGUUCUGGGAUAGAGACUGUAUAGAUAGAGUAAAUAUUUGGACGUCGUCCUCUAUUUUUUACGAGUAUGUUCCCCUCUCCCUCUCUUUCUAUCUCUAGUCACACACUUUUCUCUUUGUCAAGUAACCUAGAAAAGAUAAAAACAUUUUGCAAGGGAGUUGUGUGAUUUUAUAAGCAACACAUUCACACAGAUGUGGCAUAAAAAACAAACAAUCCAAAUUUUCUUCUUGCUUACAACAUGCACACACACUUACAGACAGACAUACAGAGUUUGUGGGAAAAAUCAGAGAUGUUGCUUUUUACAGCUGAUAAAAACACACUGGAGGCUGGCAGAUAGCUCCUGCAAUCAUAGUUGAUGAAGUGCUAAUUACCGCCACUGCAAUCAAUGUGAGGAGCUCCCUACACGCACACAAACACACACACACGUAUAAACAGAUGUGUGUGUGUGUGUGUGUGGGUGGGAGAGCGCUGUAAGGAAUGGUGUAUACAUAUCACUAUCUAAGUCCCACCAGCGGUUCAGUCCGCCUUCUCUGGUAAAUAGAAAACCUGAAGUCUAUUUUUCUUUAAUCUUAUUUCAGAGCGUGGGCUCUAGGAAUAUCUCUAGGCCUUGUAGGCCUCUAUCCCUCACUCACUGACUUCUUUGGACGACAAGGCAAGGCUUGUGGCUUUGACCCAGAUGGUCUAUAACUGCAGCACUGGCAGGCAUCUUAUGAUCUUAUGGCAGCGUCUACUAAAAGCCAGAAAACAACAUGGCUGAAAACCAGUAGGCGACAUUUAUACUGGCUGCAUCCCUAUUUGGUUCAGCAAACUAAAGCAUGGGCAAGGUUAAUAUUGUGUUCUCUCUUCUUGCAGCAGUUAUACAAGAGAUGGCUUAUAUUGUAACAUUUUCACUGUAUAAAACUUAGGGAAAAUGAAUAUUAAAAUAACUUUUUAAAUGACUGGAUAUUAUUAUUGUUAUUAUUAUUAUUAUUAUUAUUAUUAUGGGAGGAUUUGUCUCCUAGCUCAGCAUGCAGAGUCCAGUACUGAUCAUCUUGGCCUAUCACGUGCCUGUUUGGACCUUGAUUCCCGGCAUGCAAAAACAGGUUCCCAGUCCCCACUGGGCCAAAGGUGCCUCACCCACCCGAUACAUCCAUGUAGAGGACACGUAGCAUUAUCCAUUGAAAAACCACACUCAGAUGUAUUCAUUAUGAAAUGACCAAAGUCUUUUUUCAUCCCAAGAAGAACUGAUUCUUUAAAAAAAGAAAACAAAUCUGAUUCUCUCUCUGAUUCAAUUCAUCAAAGCUUUCACUGUGAUAGCAUUUGUUCUGUCCGAAAGAAUCAACUUUGCUCAGACCCCCCAAGGUCUUGACUGAUGUCAUUUUGGAGAAGUACGUAUACCUUGAAUUAAUCACAUGCAUGCUUUUUGUAUAAGGAACAAGGUAUGGGUAUUGUUCUUCACUCUGUGUAAGCUGAAGAGCACUGAAGUUCGGUGUGGGAGUUGAAUGGGCAUGUUGUAGGCUACAGCACACACACAGCUAAUCUGAAGGUAUCCCACUGCACUUUCUGUUUUGCAUUUUCAUCAUGACUGUUAGUUUAUCAAAGCUCUACCUGAUCAAUCAAUAUAUAGCAUUUGUCUUGCUUUAAUGAUUUUUCCUAAUAGUUUUGUUAGAUAAGAUUUAGAAUAGUAAGUACAUUGUCGCUGCUGUGUGCUGCUAAAACUGCAGCUAUAUUAAGAGAUUUUUUUGGUGAAUAUAAUUUUAUUUUAUUUGGAUUACACAUGACCAUUUCUUAUUACAGCACAUCAAAGCACAUUAGUUAGAAUUCAAUAUUUGUCUGUACAAAGUUAAUGCUAUAACAAAAAUGGUGUACUAUACACACAGGAGCUGGAAACCACUGUAGUUGUAUUUGGGGCUGAUGUUCUGUCCUCAUUACAGCCAAUCAUCCUCCAUUCUUACAAACUCUACAUGCUGGGCUGGCUGCUGCUCCAGCCCUGCAGACCAGUUAACUGGCUCCUCCAAGGCUGACUUUAUUUUUGUAAAUGACCGGUGUGUAAAUGUACAUCUCUGUUUGGAUCUCUGUAGCCACCGUUUUUUUGUUUGUGUUCUCAUUUUCUCUCGUAUACGGGUUGUGUGUGAUGUCGUCUCCUGAUCCUGAUCACAUUUGCUUUGCUCCCCCUCUCUUCAGAUGUGUUACAAGAAUAUUCUAGAAAACUUAGUUUCUCUGUUGCUUCUGUUUUCAACCUUUUAUUUUGUACGUUGUCCCAUCUGUUGCAUGGGGAGAGGAUGGCAUUGAUGAACUGCAUGUAGUAGGCUAUGUCUAUCGAGAACUGUUGGUAUGUACCGCUAAUUUUACAUACAUAUAUGCAAUGAGUUUGUCUACACUAUACAGUUUGUGUUUGUUGUAUACACAUAUACAACAUACUGAAUAAAAUAUUUAUAUAAAAGGUGUACUGUAAUGUCAGUAACAUACUUAAUGCAAUAUAUUGUGCAGUAUAUUAUUGCACCUGUCAUUUUUGAUGGGACAAAGAAAACAGAGGGGUUGGCUAGUUUAGCAUGAAAAAGGCCAAAGUAGAAUUUACAUUAAAUUUUCUUUGUGACUUCUUAUUGGUCCUCUUUUCAAGUGGUGACUGAGCUCUUGUGUCAAUGCAGCUCUCAUUCCCUGAUGCCACCUUUUGAAGUGACAUGGACAUCCAGCAUGCCACAACUGAACUAUGUAUGCCCUCUUUGUUUCCUCCACUUACUGUAGAAUUUAACCUUAUCACUAGAGUUGAGUGAGAAACGUCCAUCAAGUACCUUUAGUAUAGUGGGGGUUUCAUGGUAGAUUGUUUGGUUUGAUUUCCCGGUGGAGAAGAAUAGGCACUCUUAAAAUGAUUUAUUUUCAAAAAAAAAUAUAUAUAUAUACCAUUGCAAGUAUGCCCAUUGGAGUUAUGUCAUGUUAUAACAAAUUUAUAGCCAUGUAUGAUUAAGGUCUUCGCAUUGUUUUCCAUGCAAAAUGUUGUCAUGCGGCACAUUUAAUGUUUUAUUAUUAAAAAGAAAUAAAAACCUCAAACAAUAA